UUGUGCACUUUCUUUGCUAUCGAUUCCCUCCAUUCAUUACAGGGAGCCAAAAUGAUCCCAUGGCUGAAUUUGUUGUCCUUGUUAGUGCUCCUUCAAGGAGUCCAGUCUCAAGUCCAGUUGGUGGAGUCUGGAGGGGAUGUGAGAAGACCUGGGGAGUCCCUCCGUCUCUCCUGCCAAGCCUCUGGAUUCACCUUCCGCAGCUAUACAAUGCACUGGAUGAGACAGGCUCCUGGGAAAGGACUUGAAUGGGUGGCAGCAAUAGCUACAGGAUCAUCUUCCACUUACUACCCAGACAAAGUCAAGGGACGCUUCACCAUCUCCAGGGAUGAUUCUCGCAGCCAGCUGUAUCUCCAAAUGAACGGCCUCAAACUAGAGGAUUCUGCAGUUUAUUACUGUGCGAGACACACAGUGAGAGGAAGUGAAUCGGAUGCCAAGCAAAAACUAUUUUUCUCCCUCUGGAAUAAAUUUCAUUUUUUUUACUGUUUAUAUAUAGAAUAUUUCAUUGAAUCACUUUUGUUUUUAGGAGUCAAGUCUCAAGUCCAGUUGGUGGAGUCUGGAGGGGAUGUGAGAAGACCUGGAGAGUCCCUCCGUCUCUCCUGCCAAGCCUCUGGAUUCACCUUCAGCAGCUCUUACAUGAGCUGGGUGAGACAGGCUCCAGGGAAAGGCCUGGAAUGGGUGGCCUACAUAAGUACAGACUCAACUCCUAUUUACUACUCAGACAAAGUCAAGGGACGUUUCACCAUCUCCAGGGAUGAUUCCCGCAGCCAGAUCUAUCUGCAAAUGAACAAUCUGAAACCAGAGGACACAGCUGUCUAUUAUUGUGCGAGGCACACAGUGAGAGGAAGUGAAUCUGAUGCCAAGCAAAAACCUUCUCCUCCUCUGAGCAACUUUUGA